CGAUCGCGUAGUAGUUUGUGAUUUAUUGUGUUUUUAUUUACCAUUUUUGCGGAUCAAAUGAAAGUUGAUUUUGCAACUGUUUAAAUUAGCGUGAAAAGGUUCGUCGGCUAUCGAAAAAAGAAUUCUGUGAUAAAAUCGGUGCAAUAAAAAGAAAGCGAAAUAUUCUGCGGCACUUGUGUGCGCCCGUGUGUGUGCCCGUGUAGGUGUAAGCGUUGGCGGUGUGUGAGUGUGUGCGUGUCAACAUUUGUGGCAAAAAUUGAAUAUUUAGCCUGAGAAAGUGUAAGAAAGUGGGUUUUAAGGCAUUUUUCCCAACCAAAUUGCCCCCUGUUUUUAGUACCAAUUUUCUGUGAAAGCUGGCGCGCCUGCGCCUUUUGUUUUUGUUAUAUUUUCGCCUGCCAACGUGUCCAAAAAAAACCGGAAAACUCCCCGAAAACACCUAAGAACCCCCUAAAAUGUGGGGUAUUUGCCUAGUUCUGAUCCUGGCCUGCGCAACCGGGGAAUACAGCGAAGUGCAGGUGGUCCAGGAAAUGGAUAACUUCCUGGAGAAUCCCCACUAUCUGAAGAACCACGAAAUCGGAGAACUCUUCACUCAGUUGGCCAAGGAUUAUCCCGAUUUGGCACAGACCUACACGAUAGGCAAAUCCCUGGAGGAUAGACCUAUUUACGCCCUGGCCCUGAGUGCACCCACUGGUGAGUCCAAGAAUGGAGAUCUCCUGAGACCCAUGGUAAAGCUGGUGGCCAACAUUCGCGGCGAUGAAACGGUGGGUCGUCAGAUGGUCCUCUAUAUGGCCGAAUAUCUGGCCACCCAUUACGACGGCGACACGGAGGUCCAGGACCUGCUCAAUCGAACCGAGAUCCACUUCCUGCCCACCUGCAAUCCAGAUGGAUUUGCCAAAGCCCAGGAGGGCAACUGCGAAUCGCUGCCCAAUUAUGUGGGACGAGGCAAUGCCGCCAAUAUCGAUUUGAAUCGCGAUUUUCCCGAUCGCCUGGAACAGAGUCAUGUCCACCAGUUGCGCGCCCAAUCCCGCCAACCGGAAACAGCGGCCCUGGUCAACUGGAUCAUUAGCAAACCCUUUGUGCUCUCUGCUAAUUUCCACGGUGGAGCCGUUGUUACCAGCUAUCCAUACGACAACUCCUUGGCCCACAACGAGUGCUGUGAGGAGAGUUUGACCCCGGAUGAUCGUGUCUUCAAGCAGUUGGCCCACACCUAUUCGGACAACCAUCCGAUUAUGAGCAGGGGAAACAACUGCAACGAUAGCUUCGCAGGCGGUAUCACCAACGGAGCCAACUGGUACGAGUUAUCCGGUGGAAUGCAGGACUUCAACUACGCGUUUAGCAACUGUUUCGAACUGACCAUCGAGUUGUCAUGCUGCAAAUAUCCGGUGGCCAGCACUUUGCCCCAAGAAUGGCAGCGUAACAAGCGAUCGCUGCUGCAGUUGCUGCGCCAGGCGCAUAUUGGGAUCAAGGGUCUGGUGAAGGAUGCCAGUGAUUUCCCAAUUGCCGAUGCCAAUAUCUAUGUGACCGGACUGGAGGAAAAACCUGUGCGCACCUCGAAACGUGGCGAAUACUGGAGGCUGUUGACUCCGGGAAUCUAUAGUGUGCAUGCUGCCGCUUUUGGUUACCAGGCUAGUGCCCCCCAGAAAGUCGAGGUGACCAACGAUAACCAGGAGGCCGUGCGCCUGGACUUCAAGCUGACGCCCGUCGAGACGAACUUUGAUGGCAACUUCCGGAAGGUAAAGGUGGAACGCUCGGAGCCGCCAGAGAAGCGCAAGGAGCAGUUCGAUGGAUUCCUGACCCCCACGAAGUUCGAACACCACAACUUUACGGCCAUGGAGAGCUACCUGAGGGAGAUCUCCGCCAGUUAUCCAUCGCUCACCCGUCUCUACAGCAUUGGCAAGAGUGUCCAGGGGCGAGAUCUCUGGGUGCUGGAGAUCUUUGCCACGCCGGGCACCCAUGUACCGGGCGUGCCGGAAUUCAAAUAUGUGGCCAACAUGCACGGCAACGAGGUGGUGGGCAAGGAGCUGCUCCUGCUCCUCACCAAGUACAUGCUGGAACGCUAUGGCAACGAUGACAGGAUAACCAAAUUGAUCAACGGCACCCGCAUGCACUUCCUGUACAGCAUGAAUCCCGAUGGCUAUGAGAUAUCCGUGGAGGGCGAUCGAACCGGUGGCGUGGGACGGGCGAAUGCCCAUGGCAUUGACUUGAACCGGAAUUUCCCGGAUCAAUAUGGCACGGAUAGGUACAAUAAGGUAACGGAGCCCGAGGUGGCCGCCCUGAUGAACUGGACGCUGUCGCUGCCAUUCGUUCUGUCCGCCAAUCUCCAUGGUGGCUCCCUGGUGGCCAACUAUCCGUACGAUGAUAACGAGAACGACUUCAACGAACCGCAUAUGCGGCAAAGGAACUCCAGUAUCAAUGGACGCAAGGCCAAUCCCACGGAGGAUAAUGCGCUGUUCCGACAUCUGGCCGGGAUCUAUGCCAGGGCACACCCAACCAUGCACUUGGGCCAGCCGUGUGAGCUCUUCCGCAACGAGUUCUUCGCCGAUGGCAUCACCAACGGGGCCCAGUGGUACAGUGUCACGGGUGGAAUGCAGGACUGGAACUAUGUGAGGGCCCGAUGCCUGGAGCUAACCAUCGAGAUGGGCUGCGAUAAGUACCCGAUGGCCGCCGAACUGCCGCGCUACUGGCAGGAUCAUCGGGAGGCACUGCUGCAGUUCAUCGAGCAGGUGCAUCAUGGCAUCCAUGGGUUUGUGCACAGCACCAUUGGCACACCGAUCGCUGGAGCCGUCGUCCGGUUGGACGGGGCCAAUCACUCGAGCUACAGCCAAACCUUUGGCGACUAUUGGAAACUGGCGCUGCCCGGUCGACACAAUCUCACCGUUCUGGGCGACAACUAUGCCCCGCUGCGGGUGGAAGUGGAGGUGCCCGAUAGCGAGCCCUUUGCGAUGCGCAUGGAUGUCACCCUCAUGCCCGAUGAUCCGCAGCACUGGGCCUCGGCGAAUGACUUUCGGAUAAUCGAGAACGUUGUGAACACGCGAUAUCACACCAAUCCGGAGAUUCGUGCACGUCUGGCGGAGCUGGAGAACCAGAAUGGACAGAUUGCCAGCUUUGGCUAUGCGGACAAUGAGUUUAGCACAUAUUUCAACUACCUCAAGAUGACCUCUGACAUUGGUGAACCCGAGGAGCACAAGUACAAGCUGCUGGUGGUGAGUUCCCUGUACGACACAGCUGCUCCGCUGGGCAGGGAAAUUGUGCUCAACCUGGUGCGUCACCUCGUCGAGGGUUUCAAGCUGCAGGAUGCCUCUGUGGUCGAUCUGCUAAAGCACAGCGUUAUCUACUUCCUGCCACAGACCAACAAGUUCCCGGAUGUCUUUGCCAUGUACAAUGUCAACUCCUCCAUUUGCGAUCCCGUGCUGGGCGAUGAGCUGGCCGAGCGCAUCCUUAAUCCCGAGACAGAUCUGGCCAAGGACAUGUUCCUACAGUUCCUGCGUAGCGAACACUUUGACUUGAUGCUCACCUUCGGAGCCGGUAGCUCCGAGCUGAGCUAUCCCAGGGGCGACUCGGUGCUGGAGAAGUUUGCCCAUGGAAUGCAGCGCACCGAGUUCAACUACUCGCCGCUUCAGUGUCCCGCAUCCGCCACGAGGCAGGCGCACCGUGAGACGACGGAACGUUUGACCAACCUGAUGUACCGUAUGUACGACCUGCCCGUCUUCACCCUGGGCAUCUCCUGUUGCCGCAUGCCGCACCACAAGCAGAUUGCCUCCGUGUGGCGCAAGAACAUCGACAAGAUCAAGAACUUCCUGGCUCUGGUGAGGACCGGAGUGAGUGGCCUGGUGCAGAACGACAAGGGACAACCGCUGCGGGAGUCCUUUGUCCGUCUGCUGGAGCACCAACGUAUCAUCAAUGUAACGAAGAACGCUGCGCGCUUCCAAUUGAUGCUGCCCCAUGGUCUCUACGGCCUGGAGGUGACCGCACCCAACUACGAGUCACAGGUGAUCCGGGCGAACAUCGAAGAGGGCAAGAUCACGGACUUGGGCACCAUACGGUUGCAUCCAUUCACGCUGAUUCGCGGCGAGGUGGUGGAGCUGGCGAGCAAGGCCAAUGGCGGCAGCACCACCAGCAUUGCCGGCAUGGUGCUGGACGAGAGCAAUCAUCCGGUGCGGAAUGCCAAGGUCUCUGUGGUGGGACAGACGCAGCUGAGGAACUUCACCAACAGUCUGGGACAGUAUCACAUAUCGGCGGUGCCACUGGGCACUGUUGUCCUCAAGGUGGAGGCACCGCGCCAUGUGGAGGCCACACGGCAAAUGCAUCUGAUCCAGGGUGGCCUGGCCACCGAGAAUGUGGUCUUUCACCUGAAGAUCAACGAGCAUGUCUUCGGACUGCCACGCCUGCUGUUCAUCCUGUUCGCCAGCAUACUGAUCAUUGUGGGCGUCGUCGUCUGUGUGCUGUGCGCCCAGUUUUGGUUCUAUCGACGCCAUCGGGGUAACAAGCCGUACUACAACUUCUCGCUGCUCACGCAAAAGGGCAAGGAGCAGUUCGAUCUGGAGGACGAUGAGGCGGGCGACGAUGGGGAGACGGAACUCUUCCGUUCACCCAUUAAACGCGGCAUGACCAUACAGCCGUACUUCGACGAGGAGCAACUGGAGCGCAUCCUGCACACGGACGACGAGGACGACGAUGGGCCGCACAUGGAGCCGGAACUGGAUGUGGCCGACGACAGUGGUGACGAGAUAGUGAUGCUGCAUAAUCCCGGCAACAAGCGCCGGCAUUAGAGUUGAUCUACUGAUCAACUGUCUCGUCUUAACUUAUUCGAUCCAAGAUCCAAGAUCCACUGCAACCACACGACAACCACACACAACAUAACUGUGAUUCAAAACGUUUUCAAGAGAAACCAACGCAAGGCAUUGCUCUACCCUUCCCUUCCCUCCCCUCUUAUUUUUUUUUUAUUUUUGUUUUUAAUUUUUGUGUAAUAUAUAUACUCCUUAAAUGUAACUUAAUUAUUCGAUGUACAAUGAUACGAUUUACGCCUGCGCUUUAAUGUUAGUGAAUCUUGCACCUAAACUGCAUCACAAUCGUCAGCUUUAAAUAGAGAAUGUUGUGCUCCAACCUCCGACCUCCAACCAAACCAACCCACUCGGCGAAUCUCUCUUCCAUGCCCUUAUAGCCCGUUUAAAUAGCGAUUAUAAACAUGUAUAUCUGUCCAGCCAAGCGUUAGUGUAACUUAACUUAAGACUGAGAGCCUUGCAACUCUAGCAAAAAACACAAGACAACAAAAUAUGUGAAAAGAAUGAUGAAAGAUUAAUGAUGAAAGAUGAAAGACAUGAAUCUUGCGAAGUAGUUGUACAUUAAAGACCCUUUCAAUGCUCUACUAAAAAAAAAAAAACUCCCAGCCAAAUGCAUAAAUCGUGGUUUGAGUUCGUUAUAUAUAACUUGAUUAAAAAUUUGGACAUCGAAAUAAAUCCUUUUCAAUGUGAAUACUUCAUUUAACUUAUAUAUAUUUUACUGGCAAGUGUCUACACAAAUUUUGAAUUGCUCAAAAACGCCUUAGUAAUUAAAGGAUAUUGCUAUUAAAUAUAAUAAGGACAGCUUUACAUUUUUGAAUCUUAGUACUUAAUAAUUUAUCAAAUCUUAUUUAAUUAAAUCAAACUAUUAUCGGGCAAUUGGUUGGCUUUAAAUAAAUCAAUAUCGUUGUUAUAUAUAGCGUCAUAAACUUGAACUCUCCGUAUGCAUAUGUAAAUCUGGCAAAUCAAUCCAUCUGGAUUUCAAAUUAACAUUUUUCAAAAACAGCUAUGAUAAAACAAUAACAAAUCAAAACAUAACCAGUUAACAGCUAUGUAAUAUUUUCUUGGAAACGCCUACUUUAUAAAAUACAAAUAUACACUACAAAAAUGAUAAAAAAAAAAAAAAAAAACAAACGUACUGCACGAUUUUAACUUUAUAGAGCACAUAAAGACAAAAACUUAGAAAAUGAAAGUGAAAAUGAAAAAAGAAGGAAAUAAGUUAUAUUUCACGAGGUGCAGCAUUUACUUAUAUAAAUAUACAUACUAUAUAUAUACAUAUAUCGUAUACAUAUCCACAAAUAUGGCAAUUAUAUCAAUGUAAGCAAUUAUCUGAAUAAAAUAAUAAUGUACCUAAAAAA